AUGGGUCAUGUAUUGAAAAAAGGACCUUUUAAAAAUUUGCAAAUUCCAGAAGUUUGUUUUGCUAUAGGUGAUUAUAAAAAAGGAACCUAUAAUUUGGCACGAGGAUUUGAAGAAUUAAAAGUGACUAUAAAAGAAUUCAAGCAAUAUCUAUUGGAUACUAAGCGAUUGAGAUCUCUGAAAAGUCUACAGUUUUUGUUGAUAGGGAGUGGUCCCCUAGGGUUUUAUUUGCUUUAG